CAACGUAAUAAGACAACGUGAUUCUUCGUCGCAAGACAGUGUUGAUACUUCGUCGCAAGACAGCGUUGAUACUUCGUCGCAAGACAGUGUUGAUACUUCGUCGCAAGACAGCGUUGAUAUUCCUUUACACGAUGAGUAGAUAUACCUUUACAAGACAGUGUUGAUACACCUACAAACACAUUGACAAUGCAAUGGUUAAAUUUUUUUAUAAUAUUUCUCGGAACUUAUUUUCGGAAUAUAAACAGCGGCUUUUAACGGUCUUGGUGCAUCCACUUGUUUCUGUAUGAACGAACUUCAAGAUUAUUUAGAGAGAUGAAAUAGUAAGGAAUUCUUGACAAAGUUCUGUGCAAUGAUGUUAUGAAUCUUUAGUUGAGUUUUGGAUUGCAUUUUAUUGACACAACUGCAAGAUUCAGACUCUAAAUGUUUAUAAUGCAUACACACACACAAUUUCAAGAUCUAAAAAUAAACUUCAGUGUUUGAAUUAGUUAAAACGGAUAUUGCUACAGAACGAAAUAAUUGAAGAUGUGUCACUUUGUGUAGCAGACGUCAAGUAAUACACGUGACCAGAGACAAAUAUUCGUGUUAAAGUCACAAAGUUAUAACUUCAGAAAGUUGGAAAAAGACAACACACGAUUCAUUGUGGAUUUUGUUCUCUUGAUUUCUGGAUAUUUGAAAACUGUAAGAUGACUAUCAACUAACAGUGGAUCCUAUCUCUAAUUUCUGUUUACAGAAUGAUGGUCUUAUGACGUCACACCUGGUUGCCAUAGCAGGAGAUGUCAACAAACCCAGCCCUGCACCUGUGACUUAAACGUUCUGUCCAAAGCAUCAGCUGUUGGUUACUGACACCAUGAAUGAAACCACGGCAGCAACCUUCCCGUUGGACUAUCUCACAAGUCACGUGACUCAGGGCCUCAACGUCUCGGACAUCAACCAGAGUCACGCGAGAAACAUCGGCGCCGACAACGAGCAGCAGGGGCGUUUUUACUACGAGGACGAUAACAUCCAGAACCUCCUGAAGCCAUGGAUACACGAGCCCCACUUCAUCCCCACCGUGGCCGUGUACGGGGUGACGUUCCUGCUCGGCCUCGUUGGCAACUCUCUAGUCAUCUUCGCCAUGGUCGGAGACAGGAAAUCAAGGAGCGUGACCGCUUCGUUCAUGGUCAGCCUUGCAGUCGCUGACCUUCUCUUUCUACUGGUCUGCGUUCCCUACGAGAGUGCCAAGUACUUUAUCGGACACUGGCACAAUGGGGCAGUCCUGUGCAAGAUGUCCGGCGCCGUUGAGAUGCUUUCAGCUCUGGCCUCGGUGCUCAACCUUAUAGCUGUGAGCGUGGAGAGGUAUAUAGUGAUUGUCCAUCCGAUGAAAGCCAGGUCGUGGUGCACUGUAGAAAACACCAAGAAAAUGUUGCCUUGUGUCUGGGUUGUGGCCCUUGGACUUUCAGCUCCGACUUUAUAUGUCUGGGAUGUUGAGAAGUCCGUGUUCUACAACAGCUACACCACAGUCACCAUCAUCAUGUGCGCUGACGUCGGGGUGGGCAACAAGGACCGGCUCAUCUAUGCCAUCUACCAGCUGCUGGUCAUGUUUGGAUUUCCGGUCAUCGUUCUCUUCUUCUGUUACGUGUUUGUAAUUCACGCGCUCUGGCUGUCCUCCAGGAGGCUGAUGCAGAUGACAUCUCAUGACAGCAGUUACAGUACUGUAUCUACCAUCGAAGAAACCAACGAGGCGGCCCACGGGCACUCGCCUUGCCCUCAGCGCCAUUGCCACAUCCGGUCACGGAGAAGCAUGCUGAACAAAGCCACGCGAGAACACAGUGCAGAAGUCUUCCGCGCGAGAAAGCAGGUUAUCAAAAUGCUAAUUACCAUCAUCAUGGCGUUCCUGCUGUGCUGGGGCCCGAAGUUAAUGCUUUCUGUUCUAAUUAAACUCCGAUACAGUUGGCUAUUUGAGCGUCCUGCAUUUUUCAUUAAGAUAGUCAUUAACGUACUACCAUUUGUCCACUCCUGCAUCAACCCGGUCAUCUACGGCUUCAUGUCCAGGAGUUUCCGCACUCGUAUGAAAUGCGCCUGCCGCGCAUUCGUCUAUCGCAAGACUCACCCAAGCGCGGUGCUGGGCAAGCGCCUUCUUUCCGGCUCCGACCUGGAGCUGGACACCCGAUCCACCAACGGGACCGUGCAUACCAAGAUCAGCCUCCGCCAGGGAAGCAGCAGCCACUCAGACACCUGACGCCGGCAGAGCUGUUUCAGUUGGUUCUUCUGCUACUGCUGCUGUUGUUGCUUCGGGUGCGGCCUUUUCUCCAGGGACGGCAAUGAAGUGGGCUGCAGACACGCGCAUGUCGCUCCGCGGGCGGGGAGCGGGAUCCGGAGAAGCUGCCAAGAUGUAAAGGCGGAUCUCGAACAAGAGAUGUGUGCCUACGGCGAACACGAAGGAAAAGAGGGGGACUGCGGGGAUGUUGUCGUGGUUCGAGAUGUUGAACGCAAUCGCCGAGUGCAAUGGCAAAGCGAUUGGUCCUGCUGAGAGGCAGAGCUAGCACACAAAUAUUCCAAUAAAUGAAAUUAGCUUCGUAGCUAAAGUGCCAAAAUGAGUGUGAUCAUCACAUCUCUGACAUUGAACAGCUUAAACAGCAGCUGUGAAUGUGCUUUUUAUUUUAAGCAUCAACAACCACUGAAACAGCUAACGUGUUGUCACUCUAGUUUACUGCAUUCGUUCGGAAGGACUGAGUGGAUACAGCGGCAAGCGAACCAAGGGAGACAAUAUAUUAUUUUUUGUGUGGUUGGAGCAGCUGAAACAGUUAUUCCCCAUGUGAAUGAAAAAAUCGAGGUUUUUGUUUUAAAAAUGGGAAUAAAUAAUAUUAAUUGAAGGAAAAUAAAUUCAUGUCUUUAUAUUUUAUUGUUGUGAUAUUGACAGAUGUAUAAAUAACUAUGUGUUUUUUCCAUACAAUAAUUUUUUUUUUUUGCUGUACUCAUGAUGUACUGUGCAGACUAUGUACAUAUACUGUACAUUUUAGAAUUUACAUUAGUGUUUCUCAUUACUAGAGAAUGAGGAUAAUGAUGAUAUCAUGAUCUUUGCUUCACCAUCUUUUCUCGUGUUAUCUUGUCUAGCUAACGUUAAUGUUGAAAUCAACCUAAGGUCAAAUGUGAUUGGUCUUUUAGUGAUAUUUUUUGUUCAACUACACGGGUUUGUUUCUGAUGUGAAUAUUUUAAAUCAUUACAUAUACAUCCAUGAAGUACUUUAGUGUGAUAUGAUGUUUGAGCUUUUGUCUGACACUUUCUUGGAACCUCACUUUAAAGACAAUAGCUUAAUACGUACCAGAAUUGACGCUACAAAAGGUCUUUGUACUAGCGACGAUAUCUGUUUUAGUGCCAGAUGACAAGAUGUCCUCGUCGACGUUACGAUGGCAUUGUGCUGAUCAGACAAUGCAUUUCUGUUAUUUUUUCCGUAAAAACCUUAAAGAUGACAAGAUUAGAAUACUUAAACAACAUCGUGAUGCCGGAAAUACUAUAUUAAAGUUUAGACUCAAGACUGAAAUAUUCUUUACAUAAAUACAAAGUUUUUUCUAUGGAACUUGGAACUUGGAAUCAUUGUAAUAAUACACACACUGUAGGCCUUAAACCUUGUAGUCUUAAUUAUUUGAGAACAUAUUAAGCCAGUGAAGGGAAAUCUUUUUCAGGAGAGGGACAAAAACGUAAAGGAAAAAAAUUGGCUGACCCCCUCCCCGAAAUUUGGAGGAAAUUGAAUUAAAUUAUGUCAAAUACUCAAUAAAUGCCAAGUUUGAAACCGCGACUUUUUAUAAUUUAGCAUUAUUUAGUUAAAAUUGAGACGCAGUUAUUCUUAACUCUUUCUCUCCUAAUUGACGAUAUCAUCGUUAAUUUGACCUCAUUAUAUAAAAUUAAUGUUUAAAUAUAUAAACUUUAUUUUGUGUUAUAUAUAAAAAUAGCCUUUAAUGCUAAAUCAAAUCAAACAUUUUCUGAUAACAAACGACAAAGCUAUAGAAGCCCAAUCAUAAAUGGGGAGUGAAAUAGUAAUUAGCACAAUGAAGAAUUCAGUCGAAACGUUGAAAAAAUAAUUACGGAGAGAAAGAGUUAAAAGAUGAAUCAAGUGUUUAUUUGUGAACUUUUUUUCUGACAGCCUCUUUAAAGUUUUAUUAUCGAAAAUAGCUACUCACUAACAUGUAAAGUAAAGAUUCUCAUAGCAUGAGUUACUGAAUUAGGUAAACUGAAGUUUGACAAGACCCUGAAGAACUCUUAUUUUGGAAUAUCUAGAAAUAAUUGUUUGAGACGAAUAUUAGAAAUUAAGAAUGAAGCUCAAUCAAUUCACCGAAUUCUACUGCAAUUCUUCUUUCACCACACUACCUCGUUAAAUGGCAUAUUGAAAAUAUCUCGACUUGUCAAUUAUUUGCACCACAAUAGAGGUUCCCCACAAACUGAAAAGAAUGUCAAAUUUCAGAAUUAUUGUAUUAGUCCAACAUAGUUUAAAGGCAGACCUGGGCAUACAUGGAUAGACGAUAUAUAGGCCUUAAUCUAAGCAUCAUCGAAAAUUACGGUAGUGCAAACAGUGCGUCCACCCAGGAUAUCAUCCUAAGGACAGCGCCUCUACAAACUCAAUGUAUAGAUAUUUAUUUGUAUUUAUAAACAUUAAAUAUAACCAAAUUAAGACAACAAGAUUAAAUUUACAGAUCCUAUAUGUGUCUUUCUUUAUUAUUUUUUUUAAAUGUCAUAUCCGUAUGUAGUAUCUAGAACAUUUUUACAAAAGUAUUCGAAAUAUUUAGGGUCUCCACAAAAAUACUUUCCAGGGGUCUCCACUUACCUAAAUCCGGCCCUGAUAAUAGCUUUUAUAUUUUUUUAUGUGAAAAGCGACUAAGACCGAGGCGUGGCAUGAAGUUUUGUAGCUCUCUACUAAGUUUAUGUAAAAAUCUGGCAAUGAUAUUUUCUAUGUAUUCAAUUGUUAUUCAGUCAAUUUAUUAAAUAUCUUGUUUCUUAUGGGCUACUAUUAUUGACAUCGUUUUAGAUAUCUCCCUUUAUUUUACAAAUAAAAAAUGCUGGGUAGUGAUUCAAAGUGGCGUCGAUUAAAGGAUGGGAGCUGGGGUACGGUGGGGCGCUGAUAAAAUUUGAAAUUUUCUUUUAAGAAUUCACGUUAGCGUGGUAGUACCAAAAAGGUCGUCUGCCUGUUAAACAGUAACUAGUAAAAUGAUGACAGAAAUAGUUUUUUUUUUAAUGGUUAUAUCUUUUAUAUAGUGCUACUUUCAUCCUUAUAGCAUGCUCAGGGCGCUUUUGGUCCAAUCUCAUUUGUGGACCAGUGGGGGGCAGGGGGUAUGUAGGAGUUGGUUUUCCAUGCUGCCUUUAGGCCCUCAGUAAACACAACUCUGCCCGAGUCGAGUGUCGAACCUCGAGCCCCCCUUCUAGGCAUUGUGAAAAUUAAGGUUUUAUUGGAAACCAAUUAUUUUGGGUUUGGGGUGACAUCAUUAGCAAACUGCACCUGUUGACACCAAUCUAUAGACACCUCUGUUGAUUUCAGCUGAGUGAAUAAUAUUUAUCUUUUUUU